CCCCUGCGAUUUGAGCGGAGGAAAAUGACGACGGCCAUGUUGUAAGAGUAGCUCCCGAGAAGAAAGAAAAGGGAUCGUAGGUCGAUAUACGGAAAUAGGAGAGAAGUAAAGGCGUAAAGAGAGUUGACGCGAAAUAUCGGCGAGGGAAACUACCGAAAUCAAUAUAAUCUCCUGUUUUAGUGAACCGAGACACCAUGAGUGGGGGUACCCCUUACAUUGGCAGCAAAAUCAGCCUCAUCUCGAAGGCCGAGAUUCGCUAUGAGGGGAUUUUGUAUACUAUCGACACGGAAAACUCGACCGUCGCACUUGCCAAAGUGCGCUCUUUUGGUACCGAAGAUCGCCCCACCGACAGACCCAUCCCUCCACGCGAUGAGGUGUUUGAGUACAUCAUCUUCCGGGGGAGUGACAUUAAGGAUCUCACAGUCUGUGAGCCCCCCAAACCCACAUGCUCCCUUCCUCAGGACCCUGCUAUUGUUCAGUCUUCUCUUGGAUCCAGCACCACUGCAGCAUCCUUCCAGUCUGUUGGUUCCUAUGGCCCAUUUAGCCGGGCUCCCGUGCCUCCCUACAGCCAGUUCAGCCCCAGUUCCCUGGCAGCUCAGCAGUUUGGGGCAGUUGGUGUAGGCCGCUCCAGUCCCCAGCUAGACCCCCUGAGGAAGAGCCCUACCCUGGAGCAGGCUGUGCAGGCUGGAGCCCCUUCUGCAUCCCUUGUCCCACCUGUUUCCGUGGGACGCAGGAGCCCUGCGCCUACGCGGCCAGCCACCAUCGGCAGCCAGGAGCAGAGGAGGGGUGAGCCUGUUGGCCGGCCCUGGCCAGCGCUCCGCGCUGCUGCAGCUGCUGCUGCUGAGGCCACUGCAGAUAGGGCAGCAACAGCUAGUCUCGCCCAGUCUGUGACCAAAGCGCCAGGCAUGGAUGCGCAAAAGGUCCCCAAAGCAGAUUCUGAGCAAAGCAGGAGUGAAAACAGGGAUGCUGGUAAGAGGCACACGGCUGGCGGCGCUCAGAGCCGACGUGGACGAGGAGGUGGCCACCGUGGCAGAGGUCGUUUCUCUGUGCGGCGGGAUGGCCCCAUGAAGUUUGAGAAAGAUUUUGACUUUGAGAGCGCCAACGCCCAGUUCAACAAGGAGGAGAUUGACAGAGAGUUUCACAAUAAGCUGAAACUGAAAGAUGACAAGGCAGAGAAGCCAGAGAAGGCAGUGAAUGGGGAGGACAAGGGAGAUUCUGGGGUUGAGACCCAGAAUAGCGAGGGAAAUGCUGAUGAAGAGGAUCCCCUGGGGCCCAACUGCUAUUAUGACAAAUCCAAGUCCUUCUUUGACAACAUCUCCUGCGAUGACACCAGGAAAGCAUCAGAAAAAUCUGGAGCUUCAGGCUUCCAGAGGGAGCGAAGGCAGACCUGGGCUGAGGAGAGACGGAUGAACGCAGAGACCUUUGGCAUCCCGCUGCGUCGUGGGCGCGGGGGCUUCCGGGGACGGGGCAACAUGGGCUUCCGUGGCAGCCGAGGCCGUGGUGCAAACAGAGGGUCGUUUGGGCCCCCACGUGGUGCGAGCUCCAGCGGCAGUGCCGGCAGUUUCCGGGGCGGGUUCAGAGGCAGCAGCCGGGGUGGCAGAGAGUUCUCGGAUUUUGAAUACAGGAAGGACAAUAAAGUGGCUGCAUAGUGCACCUGGAGAACGGAUCCCUAAUGAAAAUGUAGCUCUUCAAAGGUCCAGAAUUUUUUUUGACAUAAAGAAUGAAGAAAUGUACUUGCUGUAUACUUGUCACCAGCACUGGGCUACACUGCUUGACUUCUGACUGUAAAUGCAGUUUUCUUUCCAUUUCUUAAAAUGCGAUCUUUGAAAAGAUUCUGCUUUAUUUGAUCAAUUGGCAGAGGGUAGAGGAACUGUGUACAAAACUCUUCAGUGGGACUGUUCAGUAUUUUUGCAUCAAUAAGUUUUUCUAACUCAAAUUGUAUUUGAUAAUGUUCAUUUAGGUGUAAAGAGAAGUAUGCAGAAGCCCGCUGAUACUGUGAUGAGUACUGAUCACUGAAAUAGCUUUAUUUUUUGGAUAUCCUGUAAUGUAACUGUGGAGCACCAAAUUCCUGUAUAUAGCCAGUGGGGGGUGGGGGGGUCACAGUUCUUCAGCUUUGUUUUUUCUACUUUCCACUCUUUAGUAGUCAUUUGUCCCACUUUUUUGGCCAUGCAUACAGUUUGCUGGGUACAUUUAUGCGAAAUGCGCUGCUGUGGUCCACAAUGAAAGCAGUAUGGUUUGCGUUCUACUAGAAGUUACAUCUGCUGAAAGUAUACUUAUAUAGCACUGUUGGUGCAAAGUAGGUUUCUGAUCUUUUUUUUUUUUUUUUUUUCUUUUUUUGCUUAGUGUAUUUUAAUAUUGGUAAUCUCUGCUAAUCCCACUCAAGACCCAUUCACACAGGAAGUGUGGCCUGUUUGCAUCCCCUUAAAGUGACACAAUUUUAAUUUCAUUGAUGCAUUCACAGCAAACUCUUUUCCUGCUCAUCUACUUGUAGUUGGCUACUUUAUACUUAUAUUAAAAGUUAAAUUGUAUUUUACUUUUUACUAUAGUCUUUUCAGAGGUUUAAAAUGACCAAAGUAUUUUUUUGCACCCUGUAAGUCUGGGACAUGUUGUUGGGUGGCCAGGUUUUCAUAAUGAAGCAGGAAUGGAUUUUUGCAAAUGUAUGCCAUUUGGUGAGAUGUCAUGCUGAUAACCAGUGCAAGUGAUGUGUAACUGCAUACAUAGUUUACUGAUUAAUGUAAGGAUGCAAUAGGUUACAUCCAUUGAAAGCAGCAGCUUGUUUUACCUUAGGGGUGGACUAGUUAGACCUGCUAUUGUUCAGGACUAUUUACUGAAGUAAUUACUCCAAAAUGGUCAUUGGGGAAUGCAUGAAUCAUUCAGAUGUUCAAAAGUUCCAUUAUUAAAGACUUGUUACUUAAUCGUUUAGGACUAAGAUUCUGAUGCAAGCGAAAUGGUCAUUUUCUGAGACGAAUGUCCUGUUUGACUGGGUCUUGAGAGCUAUAGGUAAACCUUGCAUCAGAUGUGUACAGCUUUAGAUUUUAAUGUUUAAUAAUAAAUAGUAGAGGUGUACGUUUUUGGGAUUGGUUUCUCAAAUUGCGUUAUCAGGUGUUAGUGAAUUAAGGUGAGCGCCUUCUGCGUGCAACUUUGUUGCUGGGACAGGACAGCUCUGCUGUUCAUACGGCUCACUGGAUUAACUGAGUAUUUUCAUUUAAACUUUGAGUGGUAUGUUUGUCAUUAACCAGUCAUAAUGUAAUCAAAUAAUUUCUACACUUAAUUCUGGUCUUGCCCUCUCUCGGAUGCCUCGGCGGCAGCUAAGCCAAUGCUUUUUGUGUACAAAUUCCGCACCCUGCUGAGUGAGCCAUAUUCACAAAAGCAGUUCCUGUUUAUUAGCUGGAAAUACUAAGCUUGCUUAAGACUGGUGUAAGGGAGUUUUGGCUUAAAGUUGUUUCAGUGUAGUCAGUCAGUGAUCAUUGCUAGCUGCUCCUCUAUGAAAGUCUUGGAAUGCCAGGAAGAGUGGACAUCUCAUCUAGAUAUUUCCUAAAUGCACUACAACACAAACAUGAAGAAAUGCGGGGCAGCUAAGGGAUGGUCUCACAUUUAAGUGGGUAUUGCACACUGUGUGAUUGUCCUGUGAGGGGACACUGAAUAGGUUGGGAAGGGCAGGUUCUGCAUUUGUUGCAAUAAGUUACUAAGGUGGCCCAUGCUAAUUUGGAAUGAACUGUACAUAACAUGCUUUUUCCUAUGAAGGUGUAAUUGUCAGUUACCCCUCACCUCUGGAAUAAUGGACAGAUGUUUCACAACUUGAGCAAUUUAACAGCAUGGUGUACUUUCAGUGUGCCUCAGCAGCCUGGGGUUUUUAUUCAGAAAUGGAAUAAAAAGGUGUUUGAUGCCCUAUUUCUAGUCUUUUUCUACACGAACUGUGGGGUAGUGAAGUACUGAGGGCUGUCACUAGAGGGCCUAGUAGUCAAGUAGAGAAUUUCCCAUGUGGAUUUGGAUGUAAGGAGAAGGCAUCACCACCCAAAGGUAUUUUUCAAGAUGAAUUUAAUUUUCGUCUUGUGACGUCAAGCAACACAAGGCAAGCAGUGUCCCAUCCCGUCCCAGGUCACCAGCAGUUUUUCUUGGUGAAGCAACCACUCGAGCUGAGAAACGCCUAGUUACAGUUAGAGGUCAUUACACACAGUAUAGACAUACAGAGCUGCAGUUUGUUCUGAUUGUGCAAAGCACAUGACCAUAAAGGAGUACACACACACAUGUUGCAUAUGUGGAUGUAUACAUACACAGCAAGAGAUUCUGUAAACAUAGUAUAAGGAUUUUAGUUUUCAGAAAACAUGAUGUUAUAAAUACAGGCAACAUUGGCAUCUGCAAACACAUUCUGGGCAUCUUAAAUACAGCCCAUUGCCAUAUAAACUAAAUAUGAGCUAAAAGUCACUCUUUUUACAAUAGUUUAGUAUAUAUAUAAUGGCAUAUUUGGUAAAGUUUGAUAUAAUGUGCUUUUCAUCUCUUGUGGGGAAAAUUGCCUAUAUCAUGAUGCACAAAGUUAUGAGUUAAGAAAAUACAAAAAUAUGAUUAAUACUGUCAGUCUUUGUACAAGAAAAUAUUGUAUUUAAAUGAAAAUAUGCUAAGAUUUACUUGUUACAGUUGCACUCCCCUUUAAAAUCUGCCAAUUAAAAAAAAAAAAAAUCACAAGACAUGACAAAUUUGACCAUAUAUAUACUCAACGUUAGUAUACGAACUGGAUAAGCAGUUACAAUUAGUAUCAUCAAUUCCAACUCCAGUCUAAUUUUGCUACAAGUCAUCAGAAAAAUUGUUUGGCUGUAAACAGUAAUACUAACAUGGCACACAGUUUGUGAUUUCAUUUCACCUUAAACAUCCACUUGAAAAAUGUAGUGUAUAUCUUUCAAAUUACACCUUCAUGUAGUCUGCAAUUUAUUCUUCUGCUGAGCCUGCUCAAAGCCUUUUAACAAAAAUGGAAGUAUUUGUCUUUAAAUUUCAAAUAAUUUACAAUCUAUUGAACAGUAGACAGUAGCUGUACUCUGGCUCAUUGCACAUGAGAUUUGGCAGUUACAGCUUCAUCACACAGUAUGAAGGGAAGGUAGUCAUUACGGGUGUCUGCCCUUGUUAAUUACAUACGGCUGCAGUAGCUGAAUGGGCGAGUACUUGCUUCGAGUCGAUGUGCAUUCCACAGGUUACUAAGUCCUCAGGGAAAAAGAAGGGAAAAAAAAAAAA